CUCAAACCUUGUGCUGGUCUCGGCCUCAGCCUCCCGCUUACGUCAGGAAGGGAAGCCAGUGUAUUUCCUCCCCUUCUUUAUCUAAAGGAAGUCCUAAAAUAAGCAUCAGCAGCCGAAUGCUAGAGCUCUGGACACCUUUUCCACUCGGCCACUCAGUUGGAGUCUGAGGGAGAAGUCAGAGGGGUUCACGGCUGCAGGAUCAACAUGAAGACCAUCAGGGUUCUAGUCCUCCUUCUGCUGGCGUCCGUCCAUGUCUUCACACCAGUUUCAUCAGAUGAAACGACUCCCGCCCUAACAGGAGCUACAGUGCCAACAACACAGGGAAAUGCAAUUCCAGCCACAACUGUAGCUCAACCUAUGGUGCCUGAAACUCCUACUCCCACCAGCCAAGUCAGCACCAACAAAGUCACUGACACCGGAAAGACUGAGCCUCCAUCACCAACAACUGUGAAGACACCUGUUUCUACUCCAUCGAUAACACCACCGCAGCAGGUCAUUCUCACUACAGCUGCAGGCGACCAGAAAAGCCAUGGAACGACUAAAACUGUAACUGUGCUGCAACCAAGAGGUCCUCGUCCUACAAGUUCGCCUACAAACAAUACUGAGACGAUAAGUGACAAAGAAACAAAGAAAACCCAAGAUGUCAGCCCUGCGAUGUCCAAACCAGACAAAAGUACAGCUGCUCCUGUCACAGAGAAGCCAAAGCUCUCCGGUGAAAUCCCUAAAGGUCCUGGUCCACAGUCUGGGAGUGAUGAGAAAGUACCGGCCAAAUCAGACAAAAGGCUUUGGUGGAUUGUAUUGCCCAUCCUCCUGAUUUCAUUAGCCGCUCUCAUCGUUCUGAAGUUCAAAUGCAAGAAGGUUCACGAUCACACAGAAACCAUUGACACCGGGACUGAGAACGCCUCGUUCCAGAGCAGACCCGAGAGCACCAAAGAUGGAGUCAUGCUUCUGGGAGUGAAGUCAUCGGGCGCAGAAGAAAACGCUGCUGCGAGAUAAAAAGAAGGGCAUUCGCAUGGAGAUCAACCAGCAGAUGAAUCACAGCUGAUGUUGCCCACACACUGCUGGUCUGUAGGAACUGUUUAUGUGUCUGUUUUCAUUGUUUUUUUGUUUUAAUUUGUGGUGAUUUUUGAAAUGAAGCAGUAGGAAAAAGAAUCUCCGUACAUUUAUUUACAUGGAUAGCAUAGCAGAAAAAAAAAAAACAUCUGUGGUGAAAUAUGAUACAUCAUUUUAGCAUUCUCUUCAAAAUCUUAAAUAGCUGUACAGCACAUUCACCUCGAAUCCAAUGCAUUUGAUGUAAUAAAUCACUGUUUAUUUCAGUUUUUGUUUUGUCCUAUUUUUUUGUUGUCUCUGUGAUGUUUUUGUUGUGUUGGCAUAUUUUGUCGGCAUAUUGAUUUUAAUUGUUUUAUUGUUUUAUUUGGUAUUUUAGAGAAGUUUGUCCACCAUAUUUCUUCACUGCAAACAUUUAUAAGCCACAAAUCUCAAAACAUUCACCCCUGAUUGUCACUAAACUGUACUUAAUAAGAAAAAUCUGCCAUUCUGUUGUUUUUAGUCUAAAUAUUUUGCAAGAAAAAGCCCCGUUAGAUGCAGGAAACUGUAUUUAAAUACA